AUGGCCCUGGCAUCGCCCAAAGUCCACCCCGGAACCAACCCGAAUCCAGACAGCCUAGGACCGUUGACUGUGCAGCCUCGUCCGCCAAACCUCAGGCCGUGCUGGUAA